AUGUCCCUCGGCCGGGCGAGGGCGGCGGCGGCGGCUCCCUGAGCCUGGACCCGUGCCCCGCUGCUCGGCUCGUCGCCCGCCCCGAUGUCGGGGCCCCGCAGCGCCUUGCAGGCCUGGUGCCGCCGCCAGUGCGAGGGCUACCCGGGCGUGGAGAUCCGAGACCUCAGCAGCUCCUUCCGGGACGGCCUGGCCUUUUGCGCCAUCCUCCAUAGGAACCGGCCUGAUUUGCUGGACUUUAAUUCGCUUUCCAAGGACAAUGUAUACGAGAACAACCGCUUGGCCUUUGAGGUGGCUGAGCAAGAGCUGGGGAUCCCUGCCCUGCUGGAUCCCAGUGACAUGGUCUCCAUGAAGGUCCCCGACUGCCUCAGCAUCAUGACCUACGUCUCUCAGUAUUACAACCAUUUCAACAACCCCAACCAAGCCAGAGUCCUCCCGCCUAUGAAGCACCCUGCAGUUGCCUCCUCACCUACUCUGCCAGCACACAAACCUGUGCCUGCCUCCGAGACCACAUCAGCGCCACAGGAUGAGGAUGCUGCAGGCCUGGCGGAGCAGUCCCAGAGAACCACCCUGAGCAGCACUUGCGCAGCUUGCCAACAACACGUCCACUUGGUCCAGCGCUACCUGGCUGAUGGCAAGCUGUACCACCGCCAGUGCUUCAGGUGUAAGGAAUGCUCCAGCACUCUUCUCCCCGGUUCUUACAAGCCUGGACCUGAACUGGGCACAUUUGUGUGCACCCAGCAUCGUGGCAAGUUGGGCCUGAGCGGGAGGAUGGAGCGCAGACCAAGCCCAGAUCUUCAGCACGCAGGGGAAAGCGGAGAGGCUGGGAUAGUGAGCACUGGUGCGGAGGAAGAGAACGGAAUACUGGAGGAGCACCCAUCCGCCGCGGAAGAGAUAGGCAAAACGGGGGAGAGGGUAGCUGAUGGAAUGGAGAGCGAGAUGCCUCUUGCGCAGCCAAAGAACGAAACACUCGCCCCUGCUCCCGGAUCUGAAACCUGCUCCCAAACACCCCCCAAACCUCCUGUGCCAGCAAAGCCACCUCUGCUCAUGCAAGAGAAGGCUAGCCUGCAACAUGGGCAGCUCAAGGAAGCUCGGCCCAAGCCUGCCCCCAGGAAGAGCACAGACACAGCAGCAGCCCUGUCACCGCCAAGCUCCCAGCCUGUUCCGAAGCCCAGAGCCAACGUGCAAAGCGAGGGAUCCAGUGAGCCUGGCACUGGACUGGCCAAUGGUAGGCCUCCUGAGCCCUGUCCUCCUGUUCCGAAGCCCAGAGGCAGACCCACGUCCUCCGAGCGAACUGGGGAAUGCCUGCGGCCCAAAGACCCUCCCUGGAUUGCAUUGGUCCAGGGAGAGCCCAAGAGGAAGCUGGCCCCUCCACCUCCCCCGCCAGGUAGUCGCAAGGAGAGCCCCUCCAGGGUUUCGGAGGAGGAUGAAGGCGGAGAAGGGAAAGCGCAGGGCGGGGAAGGCAGGCCCACUCCGGAGGAGCCCAAGCCGUAUAACCCCUUUGAGGAGGAUGAGGAAGAGCAGCAGCAGGAGGAGGAAGAGGAGGGAGUCGUCGCGCAACAGAGCACACCAAAGCAAGAGCAGAGUGAGGGCGAGCCCACCUCCAAGGGGGCUCACCCCUGGUACGGCAUCACCCCCACCAGCAGCCCCAAGACCAAGAAGCGGCCAGCUCCAAGGGCCCCCAACGCAUCCCCUCUUGCUCACCACCCCAUCUCCCGACUCUCCCGCUCGGAGCCGUCUUCCUCCACCCCCUCGCCCGCCCUGAGCCUGGAGAGCAUCACAUCUGAGUGUUUGGCCAAGGGCGCGGAUGACUUGGACGAGACCUCCGUGCCCAAGAGCUCCUCAGAGCCCGCAGUCCAUGUCCCGGCCGCCACUUCCGUUGUCUCCUCCUCAGCCCCUCCACUUCCCCGCCUCUCCUCCUCUGGUGAGGAGUGUCCCACGGCGCUGCCCGGCAGCUCGGCCAACUCCUCCUUUUCGUCCUCCAGCGAUUUGGCUGGCGAUGGCAGUGAGGCACAAGGGGGACAUUCACAGACUGCCCGAACCUCCUCAUCUGGGAACUUGAAAACCUCUCCUGGGGGAGCCUCCCCCAAGCCUUCGGCCGGGGCCAUUCCCACACCUAUCCUCUUGGCCUCAGAGCUGAGUGGUGCAGCUGCCAGGAGCUCUCCAUCACCCAAAGCACAGCCAAAGUCAUCCUGCAAAGAGAAUCCCUUCAACCGGAAGCCGUCGCCUGUCACAUCCCCCUCCAUUAAGAAGACUCCAAAGGGACCCAAGCCAGCAAGGCCUCCUGCUCCAGGACAUGGCUUCCCGCUAAUUAAACGGAAGGUUCAGUCAGACCAGUACGUUCCAGUGGAGGACAUCUAUGGCGAGAUGGACAGCAUUGAGCAACAGCUGGAUGAGCUGGAGCAUCGAGGGGUUGAGCUGGAAAGGAAGCUUCGCAGCAUGGAAAAUAAUGCAGAUAUUCCUGAAGAUGGCCUGCUGGUUGACUGGUUCAAGCUCAUCCACGAGAAGCACAUGCUGGUGCGCCGGGAGUCUGAACUCAUCUAUAUCUUUAAGCAGCAGAACUUGGAGCAGCGUCAGGCUGAUGUGGAGUAUGAGCUGCGAUGCCUCCUCAACAAACCUGAGAAAGACUGGACAGAUGAGGACCGUGUGAGGGAGAAGGUGCUGAUGCAAGAACUGGUGACCAUUAUUGAGCAGCGGAACGCCAUUGUCAAUUGCUUGGACGAGGACCGGCAAAGGGAAGAAGAAGAGGACAAAAUGCUGGAAGCCAUGAUUAAAAAGAAAGAAUUUCAUAAGGAGACUGAAGCCGAGAGCAAGAAGAGAGGGAAAUUCAAGCCCAUGAAAGUGUUGAAACUGCUUGGGAACAAACAUGAGUCAAAGAGCAAGUCGCCCAAGGAGAAAAGCUAAAGCAGGAGGCAGCCAGAAGCGGGGAGGGACAAAACCGGUCCUGUUUGGCCGGCCACCUGGCAAAUGGGGCUUCUGCCUCCUGCCCCUUCCCUGCCCUGCCUUCCCGCCGCCACCACCAAUGCUGUGCCUCGCCAUACACCAAAGCUGGCUUCCCUUGGAGAAGUUCCAUCAGCUUCCAUCAACAGAAGCUCCUUUGCCUAGUAAAAGGGGAGAGAGGUGGGGCAAGCCUAGUCAGCACUGAAAUUGUUGGAGGGACAGACUGGAGGAGGAAGCUACUUGUCUCUUCGGCUUCUGGGUAGGGGUGGGAAAGUGAAAUAGCUAUAGGCUUCCUCGGUUGUAUGUGUGUACUUCUUUACUGGUUCUGAGCAGUGCAGAAUUUGGGUGUCUGUGGGAAACUUGCACUAAUUGUCCCCCUCCCGUCUCUCAACUGUGAUAGUCACAUGUGCCUCGUACCCCUCUCCUUCGGGGAGGAGGAGACUUUCCAUAGUAGUCCAGGGACGGGGACUCCUCUCCCCUGCUCCAAAUCCCUUUUCUCAUUAGCCUGCUAGUCAGAAAUCCCACUUGGGUCAUUUGGAAAGGUUUUGGGCUUUUGGAGCAUGGUUAAUUUUUUUGUUUUGGCUUAAAACUGUUAAAACUGAGUAUCACGGGAAACGCUUCCAUGCCAUAAGAGCGGAUAGAAACAGCCAAGAGCCUAACCAGUGGCCUAUUUCUCUCCUGCUGCCAAUGUGCUGCGAAUGCUGAAUCUCUUGGAAACCGUUUUUAGCAAUGCAGGGAGGAAAGCUUAAGGGGGUUGGAUUUUCAUGUACUUGGUAAGGUCUGAAUCGGACACUCACUGGGCCUUUUCACCCUCUUGGUUGCUGCUGCUAAAUUUCAUCCGUGGUGCUCUUCAAAGGGACACAGUGGGAUGGGAAAAGGUCCAACGUUCCCCUCCACUGUGAGGGCAUAAGAUCUCAUGCUGUACUCAAUGCCAACAAGGUUCCCUUUUUGCCUUGUUCACCAGUGCCACCCUUAGCCCAUUUGGGAGGGAUUCCAGCUGCUCCCCCCUCGGCUUGACAUGUAUAUACUUUCCUAAGAGUGCAAGAGGGCUCCUUUCUAUACUGCUUCCUUAGCUUGAAUUUCCACCUCUCCCUUCCAGCUUUGUUUUUAUUUGUUUGCGUGUGUGUGUGUUUGCGUGUGUGCUGGGAGGGAAGGGGCCUUCCCACCUUCCUUUCUGCCUUCUCCUCCGAGUGGAGGAGCUAUUUAUUGAGAUGUUUGUUUGGUCUGAGUUAAACACUGAUAGUAUUGUAGGUGUUGGUUAGUCAGCUGUUAGUCUUGGGUUCUUGUUAGCAGAGUAGACUACCAGCCCAGAGCAAAUUGCUGUGCUGCCUUAUCCAAAUAUGAUGGAAUGUUUGGCCAGUCCCUGGCUAUGACGCUCAGCCUACGCUGUCCCAGAAGGGGAUCUGAGUUCAUCAGUGUUGCCAGCGCUAGUUCGGGGCCUUGUUAUCAGUCCCCACAAGUGGAUGACAACCUCCUGCUGAAUCCUGCUCUCCACAGAAAGGCCACCCUGGGGUUUGAUCCCAGAGCACAACAUUCCCCUCUAAAACGAAACUGUUACAAAAUCCCACCAGAGACGCUCCCAUCACAAAUUCCCCUAGCCCUGAUGGACAGAAUUACACUGUAUUAACCACAAUCUCCACUUACACGCAGGGAACAAACAAAUGAAAUAAAACUAUUGUAUUUA